GCUGACAGCAUCUUCCCCUCGUCUUCCUCUUUACUUGAAAUCCUUCCGAUCCUUCAACCGCAAGAGUCCUUCACUGUGACUAUCAGUUGUUGUGCUUAUUUGUAAUACGUCGCCAGACCAGACUGGUGCCAUACAAGCAGUCUCAAACCAUAUAGGGAUCAAAUAAGAACAGUAUCGCGAAUCCGCAGUACCAUAUAGACGCAAACAAAAAGCACCGUCGUGGUAUUUCGUAGCUCACCGAAAAUGGGUGAUCGCUACGCCACACGUCGUUUCUACGAGCGGGAGCAGUUUGACCCUCGCUACCGUCGUCGAGAUGACGACUACAGCGACGACGAUGAAACUCAGAUCCGGAUCCAGACCACCCGGAGGGAGCGAGACCCACCGCGUGGAGUGAAUUAUAUUCAACCUCGCGAUGCCGAACCGCGAGGAGCUCGGAGGUACUUUGAUGGACCCAACAUGGUCGUGUCGGAGCAGACGCUGGUGAGGACGCGGUCAAAGUCGCGCGAGCGUCGAUCGGCACCGUCACCACCCGAACGGCAACAACAAGCCGCUGGUGGCAACCAGAUCGUCAUCAACAACUACAAUGACCACUCGUCCUCCUCGGACAGCGAGUCUGACCGCUCGACCGACGUAUCGCACCGCAGUCGCCACAGCCACCACAGCCAUCACGGCCACGGAAGGGGUAUGCCCGGCGGCUUCCCGCAGCCGAUUCCUCCCCCUCCUUUUGGUAGGGGGAUGCCGGUGGCUCCGCCCGGCCCUCCAAUCCGCGAGACGCAGAUGGAGCUUGAGCGCACCCGUAGGCAGCUUGAUGAGCUCCGCAUGCGCGACGAGGCCAUCCAGCGCGAGAGGGAGGCCGAGAUGCAGCUGGCCCGCCACAGGGAGGAGUGGGAGUUCAACCUCACCCGGCGGGAGCUCGAGGACCUGCGAGCGCAGCGGAGCCGCGAGAUAGAAGAGCGCCGCCGCGAGAAGGAGACACGCGAGGAGGAGGAGCUCCGCCGCGCCAAGAAGGAGCUCGACGAGAUCAAGCGGCGCGAGGAGAAGGAGGCCGAGGAGGAGCGACUCGCGCGCGAGUACGAGAUCAAGCGCCUGGAGAAGGAGAAGAAGGCGGCCGAGGAAAAAGCCAAGCGCGAAAAGGCUGACAAAGAGGCUGUUGAGCGCUUUAUGCUUGAGCAGGCCGAGAAGGAACGCAAGGAGAGGGAGGAGAAGGAGCGUGCCGAAAAGGAGUACCAGCGCCGUCUGCAGGAGGACUUGAUCAACUCGGGCGUCGACGAGAAGCACAUCAAGGCCAUCAUCAAAAAGGAGAAAAUCCCAGAGGAGAAGCCCGAGAAGCCCAAGGGCAAGGAGCGUGCUACCUACACUCGUAUGGCCCGUAGGCAUCUGUCAAUCGAGGCGCUCAACGCCUUCAGAAUUGAUUUCGAAUACGAUCAGGAUCCAAACUACGUACUGAUCAAACGUUGGGUUCCUGAAGAAGAGCAAGACCAGCUCUGGAACUACACACGCAUCAUCCGGGAGAGGCGCAUGGUUCUUCCCGUACACACCACGGACAUCCAGAAGACGGUCGUCAACCAGGAGCACGUUGUUCACCACCAUCACCGUUCAAAGUCAAAGAGCAAAGGCGACGACUUCAUCUUUGUCAAGAAGAAGCGCGAGCGAUCCCGGUCCCCGAGCCUGCUGAUGUAUCUUGCAGGUGCUCAGCCUCGUUAAGACUGCCUGUUUUUUUUGGCCGGACAACGGUUGAACUUAUAGAAAAAGAAAAAAAGAAAAAAGAAAACUUAUGAGAGACGACUCCCUUGCUCAUCUCCUCUCAGCAUACAGUCAUGGAUCACUUGGCUUUACAUUUUCAAGUAUGGAAAUUAUGUGUUUGAUGAUACACCCUCAGCUUCUUUCUGCCAAAUUUUGUCACUUUGCUCUUCAGUUUUAUCAGCGCUAGGGAUUGGAUUUUGUUUCUUCUUGGGAUUACUAGGCAAAAAUUAGUCUAGUCUGGACCUAUGUUUCAGCACAGCGAUUUAACAAAUCCGAUGUGCUGUUUAACAUUUUUACAUUCAUCUGAUAUCAUUUUUAGUUCACUUUGGAAACGCUACUCGAUUAUAUCGCUGUUCUUUUGGGUUCAACGUAAAGUCACCUCUCUUACGGCAACCACAAGCACCUUGCGCAAGCACCUUGCUCAGUCAGCUUAUACAGAAAAUCGAGAUAUGUAUAAAAUCUCAAGUUCCAAGUGCCUCUUUUUUUCAUCGUGGUCCUACCGAAGCGCCUUAUGGGUAUACAAUGUAGCCAAAAACUACCAAAGUCGUG